CACUAAUAAAUAUGCAAAGAAGAAAGAGAAAGAAAUUCAAAUAUGUCACUGAAGAAAAUCAGCAAACCAUGAAAGAGAGGAAGACAAGAAAGGCUCAGAGAAAAUCUUCAGAACAACCACAAAACAAAUAAUAAAAUGGCAACAAAUACAUAUCUAUCAAUAAUGACUUUAUUUUUUUAAGUAGGCUCCAAGCCUAGCAUGGAGCCUAAUGGAGGGCCCAAACUCAUACCCCAAGACCAAGACCUGAGCUGAGAUCAAGAGUUGGACACUUAACCUACUGAGCCACCCAGGCACCUCAAUCAGUAAUUAUUUUGAAUGUAAAUGGACUAAAUGCUCCAAUCAAAAGACAUAGGGUGACAGAAUGGAUGAAAAAACAAGACCCAUCUAUACACUGCCUAUAAGAGGCUCAUUGUAGACCAAAAAACAGGUGCAGAUUGAAAGUGAGGAGAUGGAGAAACAUCAUGCAAAUGGAUGUCGAAAGAAAGCCAGAACGGCAGCUUUCCAACCAGGCCCUGGCAGAAUGGCUCCUGCGAAGAAGGGUAGUGAGAAGAAGAAGGGCCGUUCUGCCAUCAACGAGGUAGUGACCAGAGAAUACACCAUCAACAUUCACAAGUGCAUCCAUGGAGUGGGUUUCAAGAAGCGUGCCCCUCGGGCACUCAAAGAGAUCCGGAAAUUUGCCAUGAAGGAGAUGGGAACUACAGAUGUGCGCAUUGACACCAGGCUCAACAAAGCUGUCUGGGCCAAAGGAAUAAGGAACGUUCCAUACCGUAUCCAUGUGUGGUUGUCCAGAAAAUGUAACGAGGAUGAAGAUUCACCAAACAGGCUCUACACACUGUUUACCUAUGUACCUGUCACCACUUUCAAAAAUCUACAGACAGUAAUGUGAAUGAGAACUAAUCACUGAUUGUCAAAUAAAGGUAUAAAAAAAAAAAGAUAUAAAGCCAGAGUGGCAAUACUUCUAUUGGAUGAAAUAGACUUUAAAGCAAAGACUGUAAUAAGAGGCAAGAAGAACACUAUCAUAAUAAAGGGGACAAUCCAACAAGAAGAUAUAACAAUUGUAAAUAUUUUGGACCCAACAUGGGAGCACCCAAAUACACAAAACAGUUAAGAACAAACAUAAAGAAACUAAUUGAUAAUAAUACCAUAGCAGUAGAAGACUUUAACACCCCACUUACACC